ACUGAGUGUGGACAGUCAGUAGAAAAAGAUCAGAUAUAGAAAGAAAAUCAGAUGUUUGGUUCUUAGAGGAGUAGUUGUGUAACUAGGGAGGCUUUUGAAUGGCUACUUCAACACAGCUGUUGCGAAACGAGAUACCGGGUGGAUUCGAUUAUGCUGAACCGCGGGGCACGGGUCUAUGGCAGUAAUCUGCACAGCUCGAGCAUGUCCACAAUGCAGCAUUUUGCAUCAUCGAGAAACAUGCAUCCCUUUUCCAUUAAAUAUAGAUUCUAAUUUUCGAAACGCAGGUUAAGCGUUUUUUUCAAAAUUAAUCACUUUUGCAAUGUGCAAAUACAGAAUCGCACUCUUAACUCCACGUGCUAAAUACGUCACUUUUUGUUUUGAGCCGAUUUAGUCGUGGGCUUUGAACAGGGCAACUGGCUCAGCCCGGUUCCAAAAGGAAUGCAUUCAAUUUUCUCCCGGUGGAAAACACGCUUACCCGGGCCAGAUUAAUCGAAUCGCCUCAUAGGUCUAGAUGUAUCUAGAUGUGUUCGUUCCAUAAUAGGUCCAUACAAGUUUAAAAGACUUUGGUGCAGCCUGCUAACACUAAACUCGUGAGUUGCGUCAACCAGGCUAGCAGUCUUCAUAUAUAAUAUAGGCAACGUUUUGCCAUGCGUUUUGUAUGAAAUGUCGCGGAAAGAACGGUGCAAGAACCGGGAAACAUUUUCCACCAAUCGCCAGUCACCAGUUUUGGACAUUAUCUGACACAUGCCACUAAUUCUCUAGCUUGGGAGUUGAAAUAAGGUAGUGUGAGUCCAAGCAGGUGUCACUGGAUAGGCUAACACAAGACGGCCCAGACAAGGUUUCUCGGGUUUGAUUUAACCAACAGGACACUUGGAAACAUGUCGGAGAAACGCCGGUCGCGAUGGUAUUUCGGUGGACUUUCCUCAAGUGCUGCCGCCAGUAUUACACACCCCUUAGAUCUGAUCAAGGUGCACCUCCAGACACAGCACGAGGUGAGGAUGAGGAUGAUGGGAAUGACCAUGAGUGUGGUGCAGAGAGAAGGUGUUCUGGCUCUGUACAGCGGCCUCAGCGCCUCCCUCUGUAGACAGAUGACGUAUUCUCUGUCCCGCUUCGCCAUCUAUGAGACAGUGAGUGAUCAGAUGAAGGACAGGACCCAUGGUCCCAUGCCCUUCUACCAGAAGGUCCUUCUGGGGUUGGUUGGAGGGUUUGCCGGGGGAUUCAUUGGGACCCCAGCAGACAUGGUUAAUGUCAGAAUGCAGAAUGACGUUAAAGUACCACUAGAACUCAGGAGAAAUUAUGCUCAUGCACUAGAUGGACUGUUCCGGGUAUGGAAAGACGAGGGAAUGAAGAAGCUGUUCUCUGGAGCCACAAUGGCAUCGUCUAGAGGAGCACUGGUCACUGUUGGACAGCUGGCCUGUUAUGAUCAGGCCAAGCAGCUGGUUCUGGGGACUGGAGCCAUGCAAGAUAACAUUCUAACUCACUUCCUGGCCAGCCUCAUCGCAGGAGGCUGUGCCACUGUCCUGUGCCAACCACUCGAUGUCUUGAAGACCAGGCUGAUGAACUCAAAAGGGGAAUAUGUGGGUCUGCUGCACUGUGUGAGAGAUACAGCUAAACUGGGGCCCAAUGCCUUCUACAAGGGUCUGGUUCCAGCAGGGAUACGUCUCAUCCCUCACACGGUCCUCACGUUCAUCUUCCUGGAGCAGCUCAGAACCUGCUGCGGCAUCAGGAUCGUCACCUGAGAGGGGUCAGGGGUCACCACCUGGAUCACCUAUUGAGUAGUCUGAAAUGUGACCUCUGUGUCAGGACUGCCAGGCCACGCCCAUUCCCUUUGUUCCCUGUUCUGUUCUAUGUGAGCAGGAAACUUUAAUCCACCUGCAACCUCCCCCAUCCUAAACCCCACCUUCUGGAUACAGACUAGUGACUGACUGAAUGGGGGGUUCUGGAUACAGACUAGUGACUGACUGAAUGGGGGGUUCUGGAUACAGACUAGUGACUGACUGAAUGGGGGGUUCUGGAUACAGACUAGUGACUGACUGAAUGGUGGGUUCUGGAUACAGACUAGUGACUGACUGAAUGGGGGGUUCUGGAUACAGACUUGUGACUGACUGAAUGGGGGUUCUGGAUACAGACUAG